AUGGCGUUGCGAACUUACGGUGAUAAGCCGAUAAGCUUUCAAAUAGAAGAGGGAGGAGAAUUUUAUUGUGUCGGCUCGGAGGUCGGCAACUACCUGCGGUUAUUCCGCGGGUCUCUAUACAAGAAGUACCCUGGUAUGGCACGCCGUACCUUGACCAAUGAUGAAAGGAAACGUCUCAUUGACAACGGCCUAGGAGCUCAUGUACUCUCCAGCUCGGUAUCACUCCUCAAAGCUUCCGAGGUGGAAGAUAUUAUUGAGGGCAAUGAUGAUAAGUAUGUGUAUAAGGCAGUGUCAGUGAGCCAAGAACUGGCAACGCCAAGGGAGAGCAAGAGCAAGAAACCACACAACCAGUCAUGGUUGCCUGUUAUGCCAAACUCUUCGCAUCUGGAUGCAGUACCGCAAGCCACUCAGAUUAGCCGAACUAGGGUGCAUAAUAAGAAGGUGCGUACAUUCCCGCUAUGUUUUGAUGACACGGACAUGACAGCAAUGCUGGAGAACUCCUCUCAGAAGCAGAUACUGGUGCCCAUCAGAUUGGACAUGGAAAUUGAAGGACAGAAAUUGAGAGACACAUUCACUUGGAAUAAAAAUGAAUCAAUAAUAACUCCCGAGCAGUUUGCGGAGGUGCUAUGUGAUGACUUAGAACUGAACACCAGUACCUUCAUCCCAGCUAUUGCUUCGUCUAUCAGGCAGCAGAUAGAUGCGUUCCCCAGUGACCCGCCAGCCAUCUUGGAGGAACAGCCGGACCAGAGAGUUGUGAUCAAACUGAACAUACAUGUUGGGAACACUUCGCUUGUUGAUCAAGUGGAAUGGGACAUGUCAGAGAAGGAGAACAAUCCGGAACAAUUUGCAAUGAAGCUGUGUGCUGAGCUAGGUCUGGGCGGAGAGUUUGUGACCGGGAUAGCAUACAGUGUCCGCGGACAACUCAGCUGGCAUCAACGGACGUAUGCAUUCAGUGAGGCACCACUGCCCGUUGUAGAGACCCCGUACCGCCAGCCAUCGGAAGCAGAACAAUGGGCGCCCCACCUCGAGACCCUCACUAACGCGGAGAUGGAGAAGAAGAUCCGCGACCAGGACCGCAACACUAGACGCAUGCGACGACUCGCCAACACUACGCCCGAUGUGUCGUUGAGUCGCGCCGUGAACCGACUGAUCCGAGCCGACGAAGCUCUCUUCCAAACCACUCCGGAAAAGAGAAGGAAAAAGAUAUAA